AUGAUUGGACUGGUGCAUUUUAGUGGCAAGAGCCUGGACGCUGUGGAUCUGCUGCCGUCGAACGAGGGACGCCAGUCGCUGGUGCAGCAGCUGAUGAAGGGGUACGGCCUGCUCAACCACGCUAAAGUGCGGCUUUUGGCGCCAAAACCGGCGUCCGUGGACGACCUCGCGAGAUUCCACGACCGCGACUACGCCGUCGAGCUGCUAAAGCCGAGAAACUGGAAACAGCACGAAAGCGAGCUGUCGCGGCUGCAGCAGACGAUCCUCAGGCGGCGAGCGACGCGAGAACGCCCCGACGAUCGGCGCUUGCUCGACCAGCCUCCCUGCGGCUCGUACGGCCUGGCGUUCGACUGCCCGAUAUUCCCCCACAUGGACGAGUAUUGCUCGGGAGUUGCGGGUGGGUCAGUCCAAGCAGCAGAGUUUCUUAUGCAAAACCCCACAGUCGCAAUUAAUUGGGCCGGCGGACGACAUCACGCACACAAAUCACAUGCCGCCGGGUACUGCUACGUCAACGACGCGGUGCUUGCUAUUUUGAGACUGCGUCGCAAGUACUCGCGUAUCAUGUACAUCGACUUCGACCUCCACCACGGCGACGGCGUGGCCAAUGCGUUCAAACUGAGCAACAAUGUGCUCACGGUGUCGGUGCACCGCGCAGAUGCCGGGUUUUUUCCCGGGACCGGUUUGAAGCCUGUGGACGGUCGCGGCAGGGGACAGGGGUACGAGAUAAAUAUACCCACCAAAAGAGGAUUAUGCGACGCGUCACUUGAAUGGAUCGUCUCGCAUAUCGUUGUGCCCAAGAUUGAGGGGUACAGACCACAGUGUCUUGUGAUCCAGUGCGGAGCGGACGGGUUGUGCACAGACUCGGAGUUCAGAGAAUGGAAUCUGACGGCUUCCCGAUACGGGCAAAUGGUGUGUGGGCUGGUACGGGGCGCCGGGAUACCCACAUUGCUUCUCGGCGGUGGGGGCUACAACUCGCUUGAGACUUGCAAGCUGUGGUGCUACAUCACCGGAUUAAUUCUAGACCAAGAUUGCCAAGGCUGGGCACAGCUGCCGGACGAUCUGGACGACGAGCUGGUGGACUUUCGGGAGCUGGAGUUCUGGACACACGACAGGCCGCGUAAUAUGGCAGAGCAGAACACGCACGAGUACCUAUUGUAUCUCCAAGGUGCAAUUCUCGGUUGCUAA